CUCUUCAGCAUCAGCGUCAGUAGCGGCAACUCUGUGGAAAUUUGCUCAGGGUGUAUUCAGCACGUCAGUAACAACCUCUGUAACAGCCGUGAUGACACAGAGGAGCUCUCACACUUGUACUGCCAGUCAGAUCCUAACUGAACUAGAAGAUCGCCACAAAUCUCAAACUCAACUGAUUUAGUUUUUCUACAGGUGAAAAUUUUUAUCACUCUUCAACCACUUCAUCGCAGAAUCUGUGAGCAGACAUAAUGUGGAUUUACCAGCAAUCCUGUAACUGGAGGACGUUUUCCACCACGUUCCUUAUCUUUACUGUAUGUGUCAGCAUGCUGAGUGCAUUCCCUACAACAUUUGCACAAAAUGAAGAAAAUCAAAAUGCGAAACAAGAUCAAAUAGAUGAAAUGACAGAGAAUCCCCAGAUAACAGAAUUUUCUUCCAGUUCAUCAUCAGUAACAACUCAACAUCCAACUACCAAGGAUGCAUCAAAUGCAAGGAGGUCUUCAACCACAGAUCUACAGUCAACAUAUUUAAUGAUGGGUACAUUCAAAGGAACUAAUCAAAAAAUAAACCUCCAGUCAUCCACGAACACCAAAGAACUUCCUCAUAGUACCUACAAUGGUGUUACUACAGCAAACAGUUUUACUUCAGACAUGGAAGAUACCUCUACUUCAACCAAAUCUGUUCAGGCUUCUUUGGGACUAAAUACUGACAGAGAAGAUACAAGUACUACAAUCACUAAUGACCCUCUUACUAGAGAUGAGACAACAAUAACGUCUUUAACUACAGAGACUCAGUCUACAUCAUUUAUGACAAGAAAACCGACAAAAACUCAGAUUCCUAAUGAGACCAUCUCAUCAUCCUUCACAAAACUUCCAACAACAUCCAACCAAAUGAACUUUUCUAGAACAACCUUCUCUACAGAGGAUUCCCACAGUACUAACUCUGAAAUUCCUCAUUCAAACACAGAGUAUUCAAAAACAAGCAAAGUGUACAGUACUGACACAACAACAGAUAACCAUAAAAUACCUUCAAUAGUCAUCUCUUCAUCUGCAAAGUCACAGUCUACAUCUCAAAAUAUGGAAAAGUUGACAGAAAAAACUGAACUUCAAGAUGCAAUCUCAUCAACUGCCACAACAGGAAUUUCUAAUAUCAAACCAACAAAUACUCAACAGUCUUUGCAAAGUCCUUCAGCUCAAAUUACAACAGGAAAAAAGAAAAUCAUCGCUUCAACACCUUCAACAUCUGUUCCAAUCUUUACGCUCACAGGAGAUGCAACGAAAUCAACACAGACGACCAUGAAUCAAACUAAUGCAGUUUACCAGACAUCACCUUCUAACUUUUUUCCGAACACCACUCAAUUUACUCAGUCAUCUUUAACUGAAAGUACAGAUACACGUGUCAAUACAAAAGUAACAAAUGGGCCAUCCAUUACUCAAGACACAUCUGCACCAACCACAAAAACUACCACAAUACAACCAUUAAAUGAUGUUACAGUAUUAAAAUCUACUGAACAGACAUAUACUAUAGAAACAACAUCCUUGCCAACAACCAAGGAAAGGACACCGUCAGCAGGCAUUCAUCAAUACAAAACAGUCAGCUCAUCAGGUACAACAGAUUUUCCUAUUUCUACAAAAUCCACUGUUGGAAACAGUGCAGCCAGUGGAGAUACAAAUCCAACUUCAUCAGCAAGUAAAGAAGCAUCAUCAACCACUUUGCAACCAACAGAAACACGGUCUACACAAACCACCAUUGACUAUGCUAAACCUACCAUUCCCCAAACUAUUACAAAUGAAAUAAAGACUACACCCACUGAAAUUCCUGCAAAAACUCCUCAGUUUGAUGAAUCAUCCUCCCACAGAACAGAGACAAGUGUCAGUAGAACUACGACAAAGUCACAGCCACCAGCUAGUCAGGAAAUAUCUGCACAAACCCUUUCAUCUACUGUGAGACAGUCUACACCUGUUACAAAUGUAAAAGCCACUGAAACAAUGCAUUCUACAGAAUCAUCAACACCUCUAACAAUAAACAGACUACCAUCCACCAACAUGGAUGAAUCCAAAACAACUACUGGUACGACACACUUUACUCCGCCUACAGUCCACAUGGUUGAAACAAGUGUAAGCAGUGGAGCUACAAGUCUACCUCCAUCAGCAAGUCAGGAAAAUUCUUCAACCAAGAAUUCACCAACACAAUCACAGUCUUCACCUGUUCCUGCUUUAACACCCACAGGAACAUCAAAACCAACAGAGUCAACAUCAGUGAUAUCCACUAAUGAAUUUACUAAAUCAGCUAUAGUGGAACAUUCCAAAUCAACCUUUUCCUCCCCAAACACAAUCAUGUACAUCACUUCAUCCUCUGAAAUUUCUCCAAGAACCACUGAUUCAGGAACAACCAGAACUACAACAACUGCACAGUCAUCAGUUACUCAGGAAAAAUCUGCAUUAACUGUGUCCUCUACCACUGAGACACAGUCUACAAAUGUCAUGACAAUGAAAUACACUGGAUCAAUGUAUUCCACUGUAGACAACACUGAUACAAGUCUAACCAGUGCAGUCACAAGUCUACCACCAUCUACAAGUGAGGCAACAUCUUUUACCAAGGCUUUCCCCACACAGACAUUCAUACCAUCUGUUCCAACAUUUGCACCUACAGGAAAUACACAAUCAUCAGAAUCUACUUCAAUGCCAACCACAAAUGUGUUGACCAAAUCAACCUCCAUUAAUCAUUCUAAAGAAACUUUUUCUUCCACAAAUACAGAUGUUUAUCAAACAACACCUGCGUUUUUGUCAAAGACCACUCACUUUACUCAAACACCUUUAACUGACAAUACAGAUACACGUUUAAACACAACAAUAACUGAUUCAAAACCCUCAAUUACUCAAGAAACAUCUGCACCAACCAAAACAUCUGCCACACCACCAUCAACAGAUGUUACAAUACGGAAAUCUACUGGACAGGUAAAUAUUAUGGAAUCCACAAGCUUGCCAACCACCAACACAAUGACAUCAACCAAGUUUCAUCAAUUCAAAACAUUCAGCUCAUCAGGUACAACACAGUUUACUCCAGUGUCUACAACAUACAAUGCUGGAACAAGUCCAACCAGUGCAGAUACAAGUCUACUUUCAUCAGCAAGUAAGGAACCAUCGUUAACCAAAUCACCACCAACCGACACACAAUCUACACCAACCACCAUUGACUAUGCUAAAGUUACCUUUUCAUCAACGAUUACAGUGGAUGUCAAUACUAAACCCACUGAAACUCCUCUACCAACUACUCAGUUUCAUGAAACCUCCUCACCCCACAGAACAGAGACAAGUGUCAGUAGAACUACAACAAAGUCACAACCACCAGCUAGUCAGGAAAUAUCUGCACAAACCCCUUCAUCUACUGUGAGACAGUCUACACCUGUUACAAAUGUAAAAGCCACUGAAACAAUGCAUUCUACAGAAUCAUCAACACCUCUAACAAUAAACAGACUACCAUCCACCAACAUGGAUGAAUCCAAAACAACUACUGGUACGACACACUUUACUCCGCCUACAGUCCACAUGGUUGAAACAAGUGUAAGCAGUGGAGCUACAAGUCUACCUCCAUCAGCAAGUCAGGAAAAUUCUUCAACCAAGAAUUCCCCAACACAAUCACAGUCUUCACCUGUUCCUGCUUUAACACCCACAGGAACAUCAAAACCAACAGAGUCAACAUCAGUGAUAUCCACUAAUGAAUUUACUAAAUCAGCUAUAGUGGAACAUUCCAAAUCAACCUUUUCCUCCCCAAACACAAUCAUGUACAUCACUUCAUCCUCUGAAAUUCCUCCAAGAACCACUGAUUCAGGAACAACCAGAACUACAACAACUGCACAGUCAUCAGUUACUCAAGAAACAUCUGCAUUAACUGUGUCCUCUACCACUGAGACACAGUCUACAAAUGCCAUGACAAUGAAAUACACUGGAUCAAUGUAUUCCACUGUAGACAACACUGAUACAAGUCUAACCAGUGCAGUCACAAGUCUACCACCAUCUACAAGUGAGGCAACAUCUUUUACCAAGGCUUUCCCCACACAG